UUCGGUUUGUGACUAUGAUUGUAAUCGAAUAUUUUGAGAUGAAAAAAGAUACCUUAAAUAAUUGAAAUGUUCUGAGAAUUUAAUGAUAAAUCCUUAUAAUGAGUUCCCAAACUAAGUCAGCGGCUCUUUCAGUCGAUCUAAACAACUUCAUAUACGGCGUAUCGAGAAGAAAUUUUCAAAAUGCACCGGAACUAACUAAAAUAGGAAUCUUGCUUCUUAAAAACUUUCCUGCCGCUAGAGAUGCUGUUUUGGAGUAUUUUGCUAUGGUAUUUCAUGAUGCAGUAAACGUAUCAAUAAAUCAAGGCGAUUAUGAGUCGGAUUCCAGUGCAAAUGGAUCUUUAGAGAGUGUGACUAUGAUUGGACCAGAACUAUGCAGUCUCGGGGAGUCGUGGGCACCAUUCAUAGCUCCAUGGUGCAUCAAUUUGAUAAUGGAUAUCGCCACUGACAAAGCUAAUCUACCAAAUGCAACUUUACAAACAACUGAACCUGUACGAGUAUUAUUGGAUAUAACAACACAAAACUUAACUAUGUUGAAUUCUGAGGAAAGAGCAAAAUGUAUUGACAUGAUGUUAGGUUGCCGAGCAUGUUCUUGGGCAGUUGGCUGGGUGGGUCGUGCUGAACCAGCUUUAGUGGCCCCCAGGGCUUUAGCACUAGGAGCUGAUGCAGCAAGGGCAGUGCUUGCCCACUUAGCCAACCAUCCACCAGCCUUAUUUCAUGUCAGAGCAGCUAUUGUUGAACUUUUUCAAGAAGCAAUUAAAGAAGAUGGUCAGCCAGACAAAAAGCGUGAGGUUAUACCAUAUUUAUUGAACUUGGCUUCUAAAUCUGAUAUAGUACUAAAAGCUCUGACACAAGAUAUUGAAAAUACAUUAACAGAUGAAGUAUUAGAGAGGCUAGGUGCGGUGUGCGCGGCUCACAGACAUAGUGGGGCAUGGGAAGGUGUUGGUCCUGCCUCCCUUGUGACAUUACUACUGCGCUCCGAUGUACACUGCCUCUUUUUAUUGCUUAAACAUGCACAGAGGAAUGUCUUCUCUAGACAGUUGCUGGAAUAUCUUCUACAAAAGCUGGAAUAUGAAAGUCUGUUCCCGGAUAGGAACAUCCCUCUGUUGAUAAGUGCUGCUGAAGAGAUUGCCACAGUGAGAGAGAGGCUGCUGACUGGCAAUCAACUGGAACAGUAUUCUUUAGCCAGAAUACUUAUCUUAGUUGGUAGCACUUUGCCAUCAGAGUUUGUUUCAACAAUAAGUUACUUACUACAGUAUUCCCGGAACGAUACAACUCUAGCAUUACUGGUACGGAUCAUGUCCGGUACAAUAACAAUGCACACGCCUAAUGAUUCUACAGAUAUAAGUACUGAUACAGAGAGAUAUCAGAACUUAAUUAAAACCGGAGUAGAAUAUGCUUUGAGGGAAGCCAUGAUGUCCGAUACUCAGAUCAAGAAGUGUUUCAUAGAAAAUACUGUGAAGUCAAAUGAUGUGAAGACUUAUCUACAUCAUUACUGUUUAAAUAUCAUUAAAUUGUUAAGAUGGGAGGGGUCAAACCGCGUGUCCUACCUCCGUACUCGGCCUAUCGGUCGUGCAGUGGAGGGCAACUUGCACCGUGUGGGCGGGGCGCUGCACGACUGCGCCUCCCUCCUGCGCGUGCGCAACACAUACACUAUGAACUCGUUGCCGGAAAUGCCCACGUGUCAUGCGCUCGCUGAGGUAUUGGAUAGAGUGGACAUAACAGGGACCAAAGCGCCUCCGCCGAGUGUCGAAGCAAUACUGAAAGUAGUACAGGCUACAGUUAAAUACUUCUUUAGAUGCUUACACAUAGAAGAUGCAAUGGAGAAGAUAAGCGGUGUACAGAUCGCGUGCCGGCUGCUGCGCAAGCUGUGUGCGCAGAGCAAGCUGGCGCGGGCGCUGGCCCUGCGCGAGCUGCUCGAGACCGCCAUGUUCCGUGAGGAGCGCGCCUUCGGCAGUCGCCCGCACGCCGCCGCCCCCACCCCGCACCACCACCUCCUCAUGCACCUCAACCAGCAACACGGUCCAAUAACUCAGCUGACACAGAGCCAUACGUCUGUGUUCCACGCGGGCAUCAUUGGUAAGGGAGUGCGCAAGUCAGGUGGGCCUGACGAUGCCCACAUCCCUCCCAUACUUACCACCAACAAUGAGCUGCUCAUGGGGGCGCUCAUGUCUUGUAUGGACGGUAACAGUGGUGUAGUGGAGGGGGCGACGUCAGUUUCACUAUUGCUGGUAGAGCUCGUAUCUCCCGAUGUUAUGUACAACGGUCUGCCUUGGCCUGAUGAAGACUUUACUAAGCAAGUGAGCAUAGAGCGCGAGCUGUACAUGCGAGGUGCGUUGGAGAGGUGCGCCGUGUCGCGUGCGGCGCUGCGGCGUGUGGCUCGCGCGCGGCCCGCACUCUGCCUCGCCUCCGCACUGCUGCGUGCCGCCGCCGCCACACUGCUGCACCGUCUGCGUGCACAUCUAGAUCGUCAUGCACAGUCUGCGGAGGCGGCGCGCGAGUUGUCAGCGCUCUCGGAGUUGCUGUCAGUGAUGACGCUGGGCCAGCUGCUGCCGCACCCGCUCAGCCACAUGCUGGAACUCGCGCCUGAACUCACCGCCAGCGAGCUUGUGCAAGUAUUACGAGAUUGUCUAUGGAAUUACACGAGAGACCACGUGCCUUCGCCCGCAUUGUUCACUUGUGAUUCUUCAGGUCUUCACUGGCGAGACCCUUCCACGUGCAAGCCGCCAUCGACCUACACAGACACUCUGCGACUUAUUAUACAGAAGAGAAUAUCAAAAUUAGGACAUUUGUAUCCCAUAAUGUUCUUGAAUCUCGACAAAGAAAAUUAA